AUGGGCGAUAACGAAGUUGGUCAGGCUAUCGCUUGCAUCAAGCAAAAAGACCCCACAUAUGAGGACCGUGAGCGUUCGAUGAAACUCCUGGCCAGACGUAGCAAAGAAGAUGCAGCAUUGAGAGUUACGUUGGCAGACGCAAGCAUACUUAAAGCGUUUGUGAGGACGUUCGACCUCGACGUCGAAAUCGAUCAAGACUUGAAGAUCAUAGACGCAGCACUACGUUGCGUUGCAAACGCGUGCGCCGACAACGACGAAGCUCGGAGCAAUAUUACGAAAUUGGGCUUUUCUUGGGCCGCGAAAUGCCUUCGCUCAAGCAAGACGGAGGCCCGCACGUUAGCGGCUCAGGUCGUUUUUAACAUCUGUAACGAAUUUGAGUCUGCUCAGCAACAAUGCUAUCGAGAGCGGUUGCAUUUUGACUUUUUGGAAAACUGCCAAGUUACCCCAGAGGGCAAUGUCGAAACACUGAACGACACGAUUGUCGAUGUAUUGUUUUUGAUCACAGGUCAAAAGUCUCAAUUAGAACAGACACUAGAUAAACCUCUCUCAAGCAAGCAGCUGGAAACGAUUCUCGCUUUGCCGCUUCACUCCAUUCCGACAAGCGAUGUAGACGCGGCGGCGUCGUCAGUAGAGAUCGCGCUGGUGUACCUUCAAGAUAAGACUGUUCAACCUCAGGCAGUCCUGGAGAAGCACGUAGAGCGUGUAUGGAACAUGUUGGCAAUGCUCGAUUCCUUUGCCUCCAAGCUUGAUAGCGAAGGGAGUGAGUCAGCUGAGGAUAUGAAGAUCAUCGUGCCGUUGUGUUCCAGCAUCACUUGGUGCCUAUCCGACAUGGCUGCUCUGCCGGAAUUUGCAACGGUAUACGCAAUCCACGAUGCUUUCAUCGAGAAGCUUCUGUCUUGCAUCUCUUCUGCCGAGCGACCAGAUGACCAAGCGAUCGACCAAAGCAACUACAGGCCGAGGAGAGUCAUGCUCAAUGCAGCUUGUCAGAUGAUCGGCAAUGUGCUCUGGACUACAAAGUCCACGGAGCAUGGGUUCCUCGUUGAGCAGCGAGCGCUUCAUCGCGCAGUAUUCGCAGCAAUACUUCUGCCGGCUGUCCCCGGCAAGACCUCAGAUCUCUUGUUCUCAUCUGCAGGCCUUCUCAUCCAUCUGACGCGCUCGUCGAUGGAUGGCAAAGACAUCAUCGGAAGCGACGAUCGUGCAGAGCCCGCCUUGAGAGUUCUCUGUCGACACCCUAUGGAACAAAUCAAGCACGAAGGCAUUCGUCUCCUGAAAGCACUUUGCAUAGGCCACGCCGAGAAUCAGAAACGCUUCGGAUCACUUGCCGCUGAGGUGACAGCCAAGCCCGACGCCGUUGAGCAGACCACAUCAUGA